GAGUGGAAAACAUCGAGUAGAAUUUUGAGUACAUUGUGAGCAAAGUGAAUUUUCGAAUUGGAAUGAAAAUUCAUUUUUUGUCUCACUAAAGAAAUUUGAUUUGUUGUUAAAGCAAAAAUCAUUCGUUGGUGAAUAGUUUCAAUAUUUUUAUCAACUUUUUCACUGUUUCAACUACCAGCCUUCUCGUCGAUGUCAUUUUGGUAUAAUCGUUGUUACGACCAUCUUCAAAUCUGGUUCAACAAAAAUGUGAAAUCAGUGAAAAAUCGAAGAAGUUUUGCUCCAUCGAAUCUUUCGUCCGAGGUGUGCAAGGGUGAAAACAAGUGAAUUCGCAACUAGGAUGCAUGAAAGUAAGGAUGAAACGUCCAUUCUAAUAGACAAAUAUAAUUUGUUUGAAAAAGCAUUGAAAAAGAUGCUGCUCUUCGCUGGAGUGUGGCCGCGAACGAGGUCGAGUGUUUUUUAUCGUUUUUCGAUGUGCGUCCAUGGAUUGGCGUCGUUAUUAAUGAUUUUUGCAAUUGCUACAUUUUGUCUGGAGCACAUUACGAAUCUUCAUCUUUUUUUGACGGGGCUCAGUCUGGCUCUCGGUUUCGUGACGAUUAUACAAAAAAUGAUAUGUUUGACUUUUUAUCGAGGCGAUUUGUUCGAGCUGCACGGGACUCUGGCCCAAACGUUUGCAAAAGAUUACAACAAUGUCGAGCUGCAACCGAUUUUAAUGUCGCCAUUUUUGACAUUUUAUCGACCCGCGCAAGUAGUGAUGGGAAUAGCGUGGUCCGGGAUGGCAAUGUACUGGACGGUUCCUCUUAUUUCCAUACUAAUUCAGUUCUUGGGAGGAGAAAAAGUCAUAAAAUAUAAUCUUCCCUUUCCGAGCUCGUUUCCUUGGCUAAUUAGUGGCAAUAAAUGGGUUUACGCAGGACUCUACGUCUUUGAGGUUUAUGCCACGACAUGUCUCAACGUUUUUACAGUAGCGGUCGAUUGCCUCUUCGGUUAUUACAUCUUCCAAAUAUCCGGACAACUUCGGGCUCUGUCCCAUCGGGUGAGAAAUUUUAGCUCGAAAGGGAACCAUCGACGAGAGUUUGUUCAGUGCAUCGCCAAGCACCAAAUGCUCAGGCGUUGCCAAGAGGGCCUUGCACGCAUUUAUGGACCCAUCGUUCUCUGGCUCUCCGUUGCCAGCGCAAUGGUCUUGUGCGCUCUCAUUUAUCAAGCUGCUCAUUUGAGUCCAAGAAAGGCGCUUCUGGUCGUGCCGUACUUCUUCGUUAAGGCCUUACAAUCAUUGUUCUACGGCUGGUGCGGGACUGUUUUAACUACAGAGAAUGAAAAUUUCCGUGAGGCCAUAUACGCGAGUGACUGGCCAGGUUCCGGUGAAAAAACCCUCAUGACCAAUGUUUUGAUGAUGUUAAUCUACGCGAAGCCAUACCCCCUUAAGGCCUGUUCCGUCACAACUAUAUCCGUAGAUAUGUUUGUCGCCAUCUCCAAUACCGCUGUUUCGUAUUACUUCUUGUUACGAACCUUGGAGGAGUGAUGCUCCAAUGGAAGCAUUGUAACGUGAAUGCAUUCCUACUACGAGGUUGAAUCUUUUCCAACCGUUUCCUAUUCGUUCCUUCAUUCAAUAGCUACUUAAAUGAACAACCUUUGACUGUCACUGACGUCAACUCGUUGUUUUUACCUUGCCAGGGCAGAGGGAACUUUUAUUUCAUGCCAAUUGAAGAGUUUUGAAUAAAAAAAAAAUUGUAGUCCUGGUAAAUCUUCUUUGGCAUGGCCUUAAAAAUUCUAUGGAAAGUUAAAUUAUUUUCAAAAAUUCUGAAAAAAGUCCCUAUUCGUUGCUCUUU